AUGGCUUCUUGCAGCGUCGCGCCACCUAGUGGCAGCAGCACCAGCAGCACCAGCAGCACUAGCUCGGCACUAAUCGUGCAGCCAACCGCUGGUGUUCUAAGUGUGGAUGUAUUGGGUGCUCGCAACCUUCCGCCUGCUGUGCUGGGUAGUCUGCUCAAGUGGACGCCAAGCUACUCUAACCCAUACGUUGUGCUAUCGUUGGAUCGCGGACGCUUCGUGUCCAGCGUCAAACAUCGCGACCUCAAUCCAAGCUGGAAAGAAACAGGAAGACUCAACGUCCCGCUACCGUCCGAGACUGAAGUGCUUCAGACCGUUGGCAUCCCAGGCGGUCGAACUGCAGAUGCAGGAGACAAAAUCAGCGGCAAAGGCAAGGCCAAAGGCGGCAAACUAGUUACCAAAAAGGUCGGAGCAGCGGCUGCAGCAACUGACGCAGCCAUGGGCUAUCGCCAGUACUUCCCGUGCGCGCCGGAGCUCUACGUGCAGGUUUUCCAUCGCGCCGAUGAGUCCAAAGAUGCUGCACCAGCAUCCAACUCGUCGAGCAUAUCGAAUGUAUCAGCGCUAGGACCGGACGAUAAACUGAUUGGAGCUGUGGUGGUGCCGCUGUUGCCGUGUCUCAUGUCUAGUGCCUCGAGUUCUCGUGGAUGGUAUCAACUCACUGACGAGGAAUCGCAAAGUGCGGGACAACUGCAACUAGCUUUGAAUUUCGACGUUUCCGCUGCGUCGAGUGAGUUAGAGCCUCAAAAAGGAGAUAUUAUCCGCCUCACUGGCUUCGGAGGACUCGAAUACUACUCGAAAAUCCUGCCGCCGGGCGCGAGAUUGGAGGUGCUUGACAAUUUCCAAGACCAGGUAUUUGCUCAGACACGCAGUCUGGAAGGGUGGCCGCUGAGCUUCGAGCUGCACCGCAACUUGGUGCAUGUGGAGCGUCGCCCGUCACUCCUCAAUGACGCCUCGGAGCAGCUACACAACCAAGUGACAAGAGUUCGUCAGUUCCGUGUUGUUACAGGCGCACAACGAGUGUGGCGCGCUCUCCCGGACACUCCACGAGUUCAAUUUGAGAACUCUGCAGCGUUCGUAGCGUUCUUUGGAGCCCAAGCGUACUCGACUAUGAUGCGUAGUGUUCGUGAGUUACUGCGCUCUGGUGUUUCCUCGGGUGUCCAGACUUUUGUGGCGAGCUCCAAGGACGCGUAUGGCCAAGUGAGACACGAGUUUGUGCGGGUGUACUGGAGUGCACCGAGACGUCUAACAAACGGGAACAUCGACGGUGGCUACGAUGACGAUCUAAUUGACUGUGGACCGCGCACUAAUCGUGGACAUAUUGUGCGUGCUUUCACUGCUGCUGACCGCUUGUCUGUGGACUACGAGGACGCCGAGGAGGAAAUGAUGAUGCACUGGGACACAUACGAAGACAGCGAGGACUACGAAGGAGAGGACGAAGGCGAGGCUGCUGUUCCUGAGCAGCUUAUUUGUCCAAUCACAGGCUGUCCGAUGCUGGAUCCUGUUGUCGCUGCGGAUGGCCACAGCUACGAACGUGAAGCCAUUAUGCAGUGGUUCACGUCUAGCGAUAUCUCCCCCAUGACGGGCAUGCACAUGCCCACGACCCAAGUGUUCCCAAACUUCACGUUGCGCCAACUGUCCGAGGAAGUGCAGGCCGCAGCGGGACGUCGUCAACAAGCCAAAAGACGACGUCGUCGUCAGAAUGCAACACUUGGUCAAGUAAUCGAGGAAACCUCGCAAGUCGAGAAUGAUCUCGAAGAUAAAGCGGCGUCCAGUGAAGGAAGUCAGGAAUGAGUGCGACAGGCGAACUCGCGUAAGUAGGGUUUGAUAUGUAGGGUUUUGAGAAGUAUGUGUCUCCAGUAUGUUUGGAAUUAUGAGGUCGCAGGAAUACGUAGACACACAAGACGACACUGGACAUUGAGAAAUAAAAGAAUGGAAGCUUCAGAUAGAAGCACAUUCAACACUCU